AUGACAGCUACAAGCGAUACUACAGACUCUACAGAAACUGAGAACCAUUCAGCUUACCAACAGCUGCCAAUAGCGGAUCUAGAGCAAUCUGACGACGAAGAUGAUUCCAUCGUACGAGCUCCCGAUCACUUUUCAGCGCGGCGAACGACGCUUAACUUUGUUUUGAUGAGCAUCUUAUUCAGUGCCAAUCACGGUAGCGUCGUAUCGUGCUUAGGCGUAGCCUCAAAUCGCUUAGAUCGAACCGGCGCAGCAUCGAGCGGGAUCUUGUUCCUUUCCUACACUGCAUCAUCCUUGUUGGGAUCUACCUACGUAACAAAGCGAGCAGGUAGCCGCCAGGCACUCAUAUACGGGAUGGGGCUUUACUGCGUCUACGUAGGUUGCUUUUGGUUGGCAACUCUAGCAACGACAGAUGCCACUGUUAAAUUAUUUUGCUGGGGAGGCGCCGCUUUGGGAGGUGUGGGCGGGGGCUUACUCUGGAACAGUCAGGGCACUUACUUCGGAAAAGCGGCUGAAGAACAUGCACGACAAUUGAAUCAGUCCAUCGAAGUAUCCACAGCAUCCCUGGCUGGAAUCUUUGCAACUAUUUACUUGAUUGAAGAGCUUGUUUUGCGGCUAUUGUCCACGUUUCUGCUAGAAUCAGGCGCUGCUUCUUGGGAGGACAUUUUUGGUAUCUACACCGCCGUGGCCCUACUUUCUGUAAUCCCGAUGCCCUUUCUUCGGGAUUACCGCUCCACCGACGCGAGUGGCAAUGAAAGCUUAUCGUUGAUUUUUGACAAAGUAACCAUUGCAGGGAAACUGCUGGUGAGAGACCCGAAGAUGAAAUACAUGGUGGGCUUGAAUGCAGCCUUUGGUUUUACAUCUGCAUUUUUGGGAUCAUAUGUAAAUGGUGAAGUCUUACCAGUGGCACUCAGCGACGAAAGUGGGAAGAUGAUAGGGGUGCUAACAGGUUGGACAGCUUUUACGGCAGCUGGUUUUAGUUUACUUUUUGGAAGGCUCGCUCCCAUUUUGGGCAAGGGGCCAAUAUUGAUUGGGGGUGGAGUCUGCUUCAUGAUGGUUAUACUUCCAUUCCUGGUACAACCGGAUGCACAUAAUUACAAUUUGGCGUCUCUUUUGUUUGUGUAUACGAUGCAAGGCAUCGGCCGCGCGACAUUCGAGGGCACUCUCAAGGCGACGUUUGCAGAUUUCUUCGCCUAUGAAAAGGAGGGGGCUUUCGGCAACAUCAUUCUACAGAAUGGUCUGGCUGGGGCGAUUGGUUACUUCUUGACCUUCAAUCUUCUCUGCGACGAACCGAGCAAGUAUUGCAUCAAGUACCGCGAUGGAAGCCUCCAUGAUGUUUUGACGUUCGAAUUGAUCGUUUGCGUUUCGGCGAUCGUUGGUAUCCUCGGAUACAUUCGAGCGGCUUCCAUCCAUCGGUACGAACGAAAUGCAGAACUUUCAAACUAA